AUGUUGCCAAUUCUUGUGCUGCUAGCUCUGCCCAUAAUCCUCAUUCUCUACGUCCAAAAACACAAACCAAAACAUGCCCGAAACCUUCGUCCACCGGGGCCUCCAGGGCUCCCUUUCAUCGGCAACUUUCACCAAUUUGAUGCCAAAUAUCCCCAUAUAUACCUACAAAGCCUUUCCAAACAGUAUGGCCCUAUCCUGUCCAUGAAGCUCGGGUUCAGGCCGGUUGUCGUGAUUUCCUCAGCAAAUGUAGUCAAAGAAAUCAUGAAAUCCCACGACUUAGCUUUUUCAGGCAGGCCUACGCUUGUUGGCAUGCAGAGAAUGUCCUACAACGGCCUGGACAUUGCGCUUACAUCGUACAACGACCGGUGGAGGGAGAUGAGGAAAGUUUCAAAUCUCCAUCUCUUUAGCGCCAAACAGGUCCAGUUUUUUCGCCCGCUUCGUGAAGACGAAGUUUCGAUGAUGAUCAAGAAGAUUUCCAGGGACGCGUCCCUGUCCAGGGUUACUAACCUGAGUCAGAUAGUAAAUACUGCGGUGACCAACACAGUCUGUAGAUUAACGCUGGCGAAAAGCAGCAAGGACGAAGGGUUCGCAAGACGUACCAAAGAACUUUUCGAUGAUGUUCAGGGCGCGCUUGUUGCAUUCUGUGUGGAGGAUUAUUUUCCUUUACUGGGAUGGAUUGAUAAAAUCUCUGGAACUCGGGAAAAGCUGGAACAGACUUUCAGGAAACUGGAUUCUUUCUACCAAGAGCUUAUUGAGGAGCACUUGGAUAAAAACAGGCCUAAAGCAAUGGAAGGAGACAUUCUUGAUAUCUUACUUGGGCUGAUGAGAGAUGGAUCUUCUUCCAUUGCUACUAUGGAUCAUAUCAAGGCAAUUCUAAUGAACAUCUUAAUAGCGGGAACAGAUGCAAAUAUAACUCUUACAAUAUGGGCAAUGACAAUCCUAAUGAAGAAUCCAAUCCCAAUGAAGAAAGUGCAGACAGAGAUAAGAAACUUGGGAAAGAAGGAUCUAAUAGAUGAGAAUGAGAUUGCUUCACUUCCCUAUCUAAGGGCAGUCAUAAAGGAGGUCUUAAGAUUGUUCCCACCAGCUCCACUUUUAGCCCCCAGAGAGACUUUGCAAGAAUGCACCGUAAAUGGCUACGAAAUUCAGCCCAAAACAUUGGUAUAUAUCAAUGCAUGGGCCAUUGGUAGGGACCCCGAGGUCUGGAAAGAUGCUGAGGAGUUUGUGCCAGAGAGAUUCUUGAACAGUGAAAUCGAUGUGAAAGGCCAUGAUCCGGAGUUGAUCCCGUUCGGGAUAGGGCGAAGAGGGUGCCCAGGGAUGAUGAUGGCGAUGGCAAUGGCGGAGCUUGCGCUUGCUAAUCUUUUGUAUGCAUUCGACUGGGAAUUGCCUCCCGGAAUGAAAGACGAAGACCUAGACUUUGAUGUGGAGCCUGGACUGGCAAUGCCCAAAAAGAAUCCCCUUUGUCUUCUGGCCAAGCCUGUGCAAUUCUAGACUAAUAUUAAAAGUUAUUGAUGUAAGAGCUGUGCUUUUCUGGUAAUAAAUAAGGGUUAUAUAUAUGUCGGUUUGGAUCAAUUUCCUGUUUUUGUGCUAUGUACAUCUUGUCUCUCUGCAAUACGUACGUAAACAGAAAUAUUAUGUAUGUAAUUUUGUAUGUGUAAAA